AUGUCGUUCAGAAACAUUGGGGAUGGAUUUCAGUGGAUGUUCAUAGGUGUUUAUGGGCCUAAUACUAAUGAAAGUAGACGGGGCUUGUGGGAUGAACUGGCCGGAAUGAUGGCUUGGUGGAAUCUACCAACGUGUAUAAGAGGUGACUUUAAUGUGGUUCGAUUUCCUAUUGAGAGGUCAAGCGGUGGGAGACUCACGGGGGCUAUGGAGGAGUUUUCGGACUUUAUAAGGGAGAAUAUGUUGGUGGAUUUGCCUAUGAUUGGAGGAGAUUUUACCUGGUCUUCUAAUCAGGACCAACCGGUUCUUUCUCGUAUAGACAGGUUCUUGAUAUGCGGAGAGUGGGAGACUAAAUAUUCAGAUGUUAUUCAGAGAAGAUUGGGGAGGGUGUACUCUGAUCAUUUCCCCAUUAUGUUAACUGGGAACAGGACGGGUGGAGGACGAAGGCCUUUUAGGUUCGAGAAAAUGUGGUUGAAAGUUGAAGGGUCUCCUAGUUUUGUGUUGGAUCAGAAGUUGAAGUCUUUCAAAAGGGAUUUAAAGAAAUGGAAUGAGGAGGUUGUAGGCAAUGUGAACUGUCAUAAAAUUCAGUGCCUUUCAGAGAUAGAUGAGUUGGAUAGGUGGGAGGAGAGUCGAAGGUUGGUUGGGGAGGAGAAGGAGAAACGUAGAGCAUUAAGGGAAGAAUUGGAGAUGUUGGUGGAGAUGGACGAGAUUGCUUGGCGUCAGAAAUCUAGGGUCAAUUGGUUGAAAGAAUGA